AUGCGAGAAGCUACGGACGGUUCCGAAGCGGCACAAGUCCCACCGUCCGGAGACAACGCCGACGGCAACGCUCACGGUAACACCGACACUGUUGCGGCCACAGCCUCAGCAACGGAGGGCAACAGCUUUGGGCCUCGAGUUGAUGGCAGCGAAGAAAGGCCGCACGGCCGCUUGCAGCAGGCAUGGGGCCGCGCCGCGGCGCCCUUGGCAGGCGCAGCCAGUGGCGCGCUUGGCGGAGCCCUUGGCGUAGCAGCGGUUGCCACUGGUGGAGCCCUGGGUGCCCUUGCUGCUGUGGCCUUGGCCGGAACGUUGGUGUCCACCGCUGUCAAAGCACAGGCAGCACAAGACCAACAGCUGCCGACUGAGCAGUCGCAGGUUGAGACUCAAAGUCAAGAAGCCGUUGGCACUGAAGAUCUGGCGGAGGAGGACACGGAGUCUACAGGGUCGGAGGUGGUGUUGUCGAGACAGGCUGCUGCUGACCUUCUGGAGGUUGCGGAGCCUGAAGCCCAGGACGCUGACACUGAUUACGCCCAGCUUCUUCUGGCUGGCUCCGAGCUGUUGCCGCUGGUCCGACUGCUGCAUCGUUUGCACGCCAAGGAUCCAAGGCAGAUAGAGCAGCUGUGCCACGAGGAGGGCCUGGUUCGCCUGAGCGCAGACGGCGAGCACAUCCCGGGUUUCUUCCAACCUGGCAGUGACACGGAGGCUGCCAAGGUCUUCCUGCUCGGGAGCGAGGCGGAUGCGCUGCAGCGCCCCGAGGCAUUUCUCGAAUGCUGGAUGCAGACCAAUGCUCGCAUCCGCUUGGCUGCCCUGGACAGCUCCAUCGCUGAAGAGGCUACAGGCCAUGUACAUGAGGGCUUCCAAGCGGCUUGGCUCGGAGUGGCCCCGGCGCUGCGGCGGCUCAAUGACAGCCGCAAGGUGGUCCUUGUCGGCUACUCCUUAGGAGGUGCCCUGGCCACCCUCGGCGCCCUUGACCUGUGCUGCAAAGGCUUCAGGCAGGUCGAGCUGAUAACAUUUGGAAGCCCAAGAGUCGGCAAUGAGAUGUUUCGAAACUUCUUUCGGGAGAAGUGCCUCACAACAGGGGCCUUGCGGGUGGCGCGUUUCGUCAACACGCUGGACCUUGUCCCCCACGUACCAUUGAAUCCAGCUGAUGCUGUUGACGCUACAAGGCAAGGGCAGCUCUGGCAAAGCGUCGAGGAAACCUUGAUGCGCCGUCUGCCUCAGGAGCACCUCACAGGACCCGGCUUGGGUUCCUAUGUGCAUGUGAGUCCGGGCACCGUCCUCGACGGAUUGUCCACCGGGCUCACCGGAAUGGUCACGCGGCUCGCUGCUGUUGCGCCGGACGGGGAGAGGGCCGUCGCUCUGACCUCUUUGCCGGGGGAGUUCUUCUCUGAACACUCGCUGAGGAGUUACUUACGUACGCUUGCGGCCGCCCCAAAGCCGGCAUGGCUGACAGUGUCCUCCCUCCUCCUGGACUCCGCUCGCCCUCUUCGCGCGGCCCUCGGCCGCUUGGGACCUCGGCCCACGAGUGGCCUGGCCGAGGCCGCGUCGGCAGCAUCGCUGGGUGUCAGCGUCGGCACCAUGCUCGUUCCGCAUGUCCUCGGCGCCUCGGUUUCUGCAGUGGGCUGCUUCUACAUCGCGCAGCAGGUCAGCCGCGUCUCGCAAGAGCUCUCCACACAGUCUGCCAACACGUCCGGGCGCCUGGACACGUUGGCCUCAGCAGUCCACGUGCUGUCGCAGGAGGUCUUCGACGCCAAGCGAGCCAUUGCUGCGGGCUUUACCGACAUGUCAACGCUGCUGCAGAGGCAGAAUGUUGACAAUAUUCUCCGUCGGGCACGAGCUGGGCAAACGCAACUCGCAGACGACCUGGAGGUGUUCCUGGCUCGUCCAUCCACCGAUCAUGUGCUGAUGAUUCGGGAAGGCGCCCGUGCACUCCGGGGAGUCACGGCGGAGGUCCUGGAAUUGAGCUCCGAGCUAGAGGAGGCCGGUGCAGAAGCUCCAGACAUGGCAAGGCUGCUUGAAGUCCUUCUUUCGGGGACCCGAUUGGCCCUGUUGGCUGAUGCAUUGGUUGACGAGGAGACCUCGGCCUUGCGUGCUGCGCAAGCCUUCGCUCGGAUAGCACCCGUCCUGGGCCGCUUCUACUGGCAACACAUGGGCGUCGGUGCCCCUGAGCCGUGGCAACGGGCGAUCGACGCCCAUCGCUCACGGUUCUUGGCCGUUGCUUUGGCCGUCUCCGCGAACGCGACGACUGCAUCGGUGAAUCCGUUUGGCCGGCUAGCGUUCAGCACACCAUGCGACCGGCUAUUCGCAGCUCUUUGCGUCGAGCCGAGGAGUCCCGAACUCCGGGUCUCCUUGGCACUGCACCUCGCCCGAGGGCAGACUGCGGGCCAGGCGAUUGUUCCAUCGCAUCCUUGGUUGGCUAUCGAGGAUGACGGCAGCCACGGUGAUGAAUUUAAGGAAAGACUCUUCCUGCAGGGCCUCGCGCUAUUGCUCCCUGUCCCUGGUUGCGAGACAGAUCCCAGCUCCGCUGCACAGCUGUGGAACCGCCUCGUGUUGGAUGGGGCCGACUUGGCUUCUUCACUGAAGUCCUUCGAUGGGGAAGAUCCGCUGCCAGAGUCCGCCUUGCGUGCCUUAGCGGAGGCCACCAGAACGCAGCAGUUGGUGCCCUUGGCGCUGGCGCUCCAUGGAUCCUUGAUGCUACCAGGCACACUCACAGCCGAGCUGCAGGCCUGGCUUUCGAGAGUCGUCACUGUCCAAGAUCUUCAGGCUGCACAAGGCUCCAUUGCGUCUUCCAUGGCAUUGCAGCAAAUGGCACAUGCAGUGGUGCAUGACGCCCGCGGCAUGGAGGACUUGUUGGAGAAGUCUCGCGAGGUCUUCUACGACUUGACAUCCAUGUUGCAGAUUGCCAUGGCUCAUCUCAACCCCUCGGAGCAGCGCGCGGUGGAGGAGCUGCGAAGGGCUCUCGACAAAGACCUGGAGUCGCUAAACGCGGAGGCUCGCUAUUUGGUCCUAGGAGGCCUCGUGUCAGCAGGCAAGACCAGCCUGAUCAAUGCGAUCUUACUCGAAGCGGUUGCGGGCGCCCGCGAGGAGCUAAAGGAGGACCGGGGAGGACGCUUGAACUUGAUGCCCACAUCCUUCAACGAAAACACUCGCAUCGUCACAGAGCUGGAGUUAAGCCCGUCCUGCGCCGCCAUCGAGAUCCGACUCAUGGAGAGUGUGCUGGAGACGGUGCGAGAGCAGCAUGAACAUGGGUCUGCAGGUGGUAGCAGUAGUCGUCGUGGUGGUGCUCGCUGUAGGAGCGGAGUAGGCGUAGGAGUAGGAAUAGGAGCCAGAGGGGCCAUAGCCGUAAUUAGCAGGUAG